AAUGCCUAAACAAGUAAAAUAGACAACAAAAAACUGGACAUUGUCGACAAUAUCCCGUUCUUUUUCUAAAAAGCAAUGGAAUCCAUUUUAAUAAGUUAGGUUGAGGAUUUUUAUUGUUAAUUAUAAGAGUUAAAAUUAUGCUUUUUUGUUUUUGUAGAUAUCUUUUCACUCCGAAAACAUUAAUGGAGGAUAAACUAGAAACGGGACAAAACCAAAAAAGUUAAUCAUCGUAUGUUUACAGACUGUAAUUUAAUAAAACACACGAUUUCUGCGCUGCAUUGUGGGCAGGGAUGAAAUUUGAUCCGCAGAGCCAGUGCAAGCACUAUAAUUUACUAAAUAUGAAAUGUUUACGCCCACGAGUUAAGCAAGUAUAAAAAACAAACAAAACUAACUUAAAUUUGCCACAAGCGAAGGAGCACCGACUAAGUAACACGUUUUUUAUUUAAAAAGUGCAUUUUAAAAAAGGUGACGUAACGAGGGAAAAGAAGAAAUGAAAUCCUUCUACAUUUUACCACUUCUAACAUUCGUGCUCAGUUGCCAUGUGCACUGCUGUGGGUCACACUCACGUUUGGCAUAUGCUUCAAAUCCAGCUUCCUCACCUGUGAAUGCUGUAUGUAGAAUGCAGCCUAACACUCGACUGUCACCUGGAAUGCCCCGUGUAUAUGGUCAGGUUUCUUUCAAACAGUCUGGCCCAAAGGAAAAGCUGAGCGUUACUUUCAGACUGUAUGGUCUCCCUGUCAAUAGCCAGCAGCCCAGAGCAAUGCACAUUCAUGAGUACGGAGACUUAAGUAAAGGCUGCGGAUCAACAGGUGGGCAUUACAAUCCCCUUGGCGUGAACCAUCCACAACAUCCAGGGGAUUUUGGGAACUUUGUUCCUGUUAAUGGGAAGAUUCAUCAAUCUUUGGACUCCAGUGCAACUCUCUUUGGAAAACUCUCAAUACUUGGCCGGUCUGUUGUCAUUCAUGAGGGAGAGGAUGAUUUAGGCAGAGGUGGGAACGUGGAAAGCUUGCUGAAUGGCAAUGCUGGAGGGCGACUGGCAUGCUGUGUUAUUGGACUGGCGAACCCCCAAAAUUAGCAUAUACAAAUAACAUACAGUACAUUUAAAAAAAAAUCUUUAUAAGAAAAAUAACUGAUAUGCUUUGAAAAUGGAAUUGUAGAGUUAAGUUGGUCAAAAUGCCCUGGUUCCUAUUGUAUCUACAAGACUAAAUAACCAUUAAAGUGAAUAAACUGGCUUUUCAAAGG